UUGUUUACUGAAGACUUGAAGACUUAAAUAAAUACUUUUCACAUAUGGAUGAUAUAAAUUGUAUGACGAACAUGUUAAUUGCUAAAAAUGCGAAGAACAGGCAAUGGAUUGAAACUGGACUUGACAGAACACACACCAGGUAGCUCAUCAUCGCGGUUACCUAAUUUGGUGGAACAUGCGGAGAGUAGCACUAGCCAGGCAAUUACCGGUGUAGCCGGUGAAAAUUUGAACAGUAAACUGCCAAACGUCGUUGAAGGCUCCAUGGACUAUGGUAACGAGCGAAGGUCCUCCCGUUACCUGGAUUAUGAUCCUAAGUGCUUCCAAGAUAAUCAAACAGCUGGAGGUUACAUUGACAGUGGCGGCGGAGGUGUGAAUACCAAUGAUUUUGGGUAUGGUGACAGAAGUUAUUCAACUCGCAGCUACGAUAGAAAUUUAUCAGAUGCUGAUUAUGAUAGAGACAAUUUAGAUCGAUUCAACAAUAGAAUUUAUACUGAAGAAAGUAUACGUUAUGACAGAGCACCAGACAGAUCUUAUCAGGAAUCUGACCUGGAUGCUCCGUACGAGAGAAAAGAAGCCCAAAAGCUCAGAAUUUACAAUCAAGAUUCUCAAGAUAUUGGAAGAAGGUAUUCUAGGGACUUGGGGAAUUACGAAUACACUUCUCGAUAUGCAGAAGAAACCCUUAAGCUCGAACCUAAAAAAGAUCAUUGUCAUCUCACUGAUAAAAUAUAUGAGCCAGUUAAUAAAGGGUACAAUAGUAUGGGUAAAGGUGGCUAUGAGUCAGGCGUAAAAACACGAGAAUCAUCUUACGAACUUGGUACUUGCGGUAAUUCUGAAAUUGUUGGUAGAUUGAAAUACGAGAGUAAAUAUGAUUCAAGUGCAAAAGUUUAUGGUACUCUACCUAGAUACGAAUCAUCCGGUAAAACUUAUGAUAGUUACGACACAGCCGGAAGGUCUUAUGAAUCAAAGUACGAUGAUACAACUUACGAUUCCGGAACCAAGGGCUUUCAAUCUUCAACGUCUAAGUAUGAACUUAGCACUUCUAAAAGCUAUAUCCACGAAAGAUCAAAGUACGAGCCUGUUGCUCGGUAUCAGGACACAUCAGCAAAAUCCUAUGAUCAGACUUUGAAAAUAAGUGAAUUGGGCACUACAUCGAGUGCGUAUCAAAGAAAACAGAAUCCCGAGUCUGCCGCAACAUCGGGGUCUGAGAAAAUCAAUGGAUAUAAGAAAAAUAACUUUGAAGCAUACGGAGUAUACUCUGAUCCAGAGGAUGAUCACGGCUUUAUUUCAGAAAAGAAAACAACUCCGUAUACGUAUAAAGGAGUUGUCGUAAACGCCACUGGAGAAUCCACCGUAGUGGAUCAAAAAAAGACAAAAGAUCCUCAACAGACAACAGUAACCUCGAGUCCUUGGUGUAGACCGACUAUUUUAUUACUUCUUCUCGUUCUUUUGGUAGUAAUUUUUGUUCUUAUUGCUGGGAUAUUGCUCUAUUUUAAUUAUAUGUCUUAUAAACCACGUCAUCCAGUAAUUGAGGGUAAGGAUCAAAGUUUCAUCAGUAAUAACGCGGAACCAUGUGAAAAAACAUACUGUGCCUGGGGUGCAGUUUGCAUCGUAUCUGAUACGGGUCGUGCUAUCUGCCAGUGUCCUACCAACUGUCCAAAAUCUCAUGAACCUGUAUGCGGUACUGAUGACAUAACGUAUGUAAAUCAAUGCCAGCUGCGUCAAACUAGCUGUCGUGAUCGAAGAAACACGCGAGUUAAACAUCAAGGAGUUUGUGAAAUCAAGGAUCCUUGUCGUAACCUCAAUUGUUCGCUUGGUUCUCAAUGUGUAAGAAGCAGAGAUGGUACUGAAGCGAAAUGUGAGUGCCUCAAGAGUUGUCCAAAUCUCGGUGAUCACGAGGGAUCUGGACCAGUUUGUGGCACUGAUGGAGUUGAUUACCCAAAUGUUUGUGAGCUCAACCGUUUAGCCUGUACCAACAAUGUUAAUGUCACCGUAGCUUUUCGUGGAAAAUGCGAUCCUUGUAGUGCUGUCGAGUGCUCGGAACCAGAGAUCUGUCAACUGGACGCUUCACGACAGCCGGCCUGUCACUGCGGCGAACAAUGUGGUCUUGAAUUCUCACCGGUAUGUGGCAGCAACGGCAAGACUUACUCUAAUGAAUGCAGCCUAAGACAGGAAUCAUGCAGAUCUAGAUUACCCCUGAGAAAGAUCUACACCGGUGUAUGCAGUUCUGGUAUCAAUCCAUGCGAUGGUGCCAAAUGUAGUGAAGUCGAGCAAUGUGCAAUCGACCGUUAUGGCAUCACGAAAUGUGAAUGCGGGCCAGAAUGUGAGCCAGUAAUGAAGCCAGUCUGCGCCAGAGGCGGUAUUACAUACAAAUCUCUCUGUGAGCUCAAAAGGCAUGCUUGCCUAACUAAGAGUAACAUUGAGGUCGCAUAUACGGGUACCUGCGGAUCUCAAGGAGCAUGUUCUGAAAAGAUUUGUCAGUGGGGAGCAAUAUGUGCGGAAAAUGGGGAUACUGCUAUCUGUGAGUGUCCUACUUGUACAGUAGAAUUCAAUCCCGUGUGUGGCGAUGAUGGAAUCAGCUAUGGGAACGAAUGUAAACUCAGAUUGGAGGCUUGUCAACAUCAUAGAGAGAUCAAAGUACUUUAUCAGGGUCUCUGUAAUGGCUGUGAGAAUAAGAAGUGUGAGCAUUAUGGAAAAUGCGAAAGCGACAGCUCCGGUGAAGCCAGAUGUGUCUGUCCGACCAACUGUGGGGAUUUGGAGAAAAACAGCAGUUCUGCUCGUAAAGUAUGUGGAAGUGAUGGAAUAACUUAUGCCAACGAAUGUACUUUGAAAAAAACUUCAUGCUUAACUCAAACUAACCUGAGUGUAGCAUUUGAGGGAGACUGCAAGUUAUGUACAAAUGUCGAGUGUGCAAAUGGAGCUCGUUGUUCAGCUGGCGAAUGUAUUUGCCCGGAAAGUUGUCCAGAACCAAAAGACGAGCCUGUAUGUGGUACAGACGCAAAGACUUAUCCCUCUGAGUGUGAACUACAACGUGCUGCAUGUGACCGAGAUAAAGCGAAACUUGGUGCUUUACACGUCGCUUUUCAUGGUGAAUGUGGCGAGAAGUUUGCUGUCGCUGCUCUAACAACAAUGUCUACACCUUCAGCAACCCGGCUGUCAACCACAGUUACGGAAGUAACUAGCGCUCAAGAGAUGUGCAAAGAUAUACAUUGCGAUUUUGAAGCAACUUGUGAACUUGGACCUGACAGGUUUCCUCGGUGCAGUUGCAAGUUCGAUUGUGCCUCAAUACGACAAGAAAAUAUGAUACCCGUUUGUGGUAGUGAUCUUAAAAUUUAUUCCUCUAUUUGUGCGAUGAAGAUGGAAGCCUGUCAACGCCAACAAGAGUUACGAUUACGACCACUAGACCUUUGUCAAGGCAUGGAAGUUAAGCCGUGCAAUGGUGACACACCCUUGACAGAUGACGAAGGUAAAGAAUACGACUGUGGAAGUGGCGUUAAUCGACGAGAUUGUCCAAGCAAUAGUUACUGUCAUCAGACCCCACGAUUUGCUCGCUGCUGUAAAAAAAAUGAAGGUAUUCAAGUUGUCGAAUGUAUGGAUUCAUGGCACGGAUGCUGUCCCGACGGUAAAACCGCUGCUCUCGGUCCUGACAAUGCUGGCUGCCCUAGUUUGUGUAAUUGCAACAAAUUGGGCAGUAGCUCGGACACUUGCAACCCCGAAACCGGUCAGUGUGAUUGCAAGCCCGGUGUAGGCGGUCUUAAGUGUGAUCGUUGUAUGCCAGGAUAUUGGGGCUUACCGAAAAUUAGCGAAGGACAUCAAGGAUGUAUUCCUUGUGGCUGUUCACUUUUUGGUUCAGUCAGGGAAGAUUGCGAGCAAAUGACAGGACGUUGCGUUUGCAAGCCCGAAAUUCAAGGACAAAAAUGUACCAUUUGCACAGAUCAUAAUAAAAUACUCACACCUUCGGGCUGUUAUGCAGUGGACGCAAGCCCAAUAAUAGCAACAAAUUGUAACGAACUUGAAUGUUAUUCUGGCGGACAUUGUUCUGAAAUUGGUAGUCUUCAUUGCGAGUGUCCGUCAGUAUGCCCAGAAGAUUUACCAGCAGUACCGGUUUGCGGAAGUGAUGGGCAAACAUAUGACAAUGAAUGUGAAUUGCGUCUAUAUGCCUGUCGUCAUCAAGCAGACGUUGUGACUCAAGCCUUCGGGCACUGCAGAGACUAUCCGACGGUGAACACGGAUUUCCCAGUUAAAAGAUUUACAGCUGUCCAAUACACUCAACCAGCAGCAGCUAUUUCACCAUUGUCAAAGUCAACCAGGCAUCUUCUUGGUCCAGAGCCAGACCAACGUUAUUAUUACACUCAUCGUGCUCAACAAGAAACCAUUACUAUUGACCGUGAUAAUUUUAAACAUGGAGUUGCAGCUGCAUCAAGACCUACCCCAGCAACUAUUCGAGUUGUAACAGCACUUCUUGGGGAUCUCUGUACAAAUGAUAGGGACUGUACAAUUCCGAAUAGUGAAUGUUUUAAUGGACGGUGUGUUUGCUCCAAUGGAUUUGCUGAGACAAGCGAUCGACAAGAAUGUUUUGCAAAUUACAUGUCGGUAACGCCUUCUGAAGAUCUUCGCGCUUGUGUUUCUAAUCCAUGUCACUCAUCAGCAACUUGUAUUGACUUACCAAGUUCAACAUUUGUUUGCAUUUGUAAUUCAAAUUACACGGGUUUAUUAUGUGAUGAAGAAAUAAAUAAACGAGAAUAUGAUAUACCUUCUUUCGAUGGUAAAAGUUAUGUGAGAAUGAGUAGACUAAAAGCAUAUCAUAAAUUUAGUAUUGAAGUUGAGUUUAAAACUUAUGCUGACAACGGAAUAAUUCUAUACAACCAACAGAAGAAUGAUGGUAGUGGAGAUUUUGUUUCACUUGCUAUUGUUGAUGGAUACGUACAAUUUCGUUAUAACCUUGGAAAUGGACCAGUAAUACUAACAUCACCGGAGAGAGUUACUAUGAAAAACUUUCAUCGUAUAUCAGCUAAAAGAUAUCACAAAGAUGGUGUUUUAAUUUAUAACGACGGUGAAGAUAUUGCCGGUCAAAGUCAAGGAAUGCUUAAAUCAUUAGAUCUCAAUCAAGAUACAUUUAUUGGCAACAUACCAACAAAUUACACUAGAGUAUACGACAACAUUGGGACCAGUCACGGAUUUUUGGGUUGCAUUCGUAAGCUGAAGAUCAAUAGAUUUACAGUUGACCUUCAUAUUGGAAAAGAUAAAGAUGUUUUAGAGACAUAUCGUGUUAAGCAGUGUCAUGAUAAUGCAUGCGCUAAUUUGCCUUGUAAAAAUGGUGCUACUUGUCAGCCAAUAUUCGAAGAAGAUCUUUGCAAUAAUAGAGAAUGCAAAUCAAAUACAAAACGAAGUAAUAAAACAAAGAAGAAAAGAAAUUAUAAUGAUGGAAUUAAAUUUGUCAAAUGUAAAGGCUCUCAUUGCAGCGAUUUAAAAUCUAAACCGAAAUCAAAGAGAUCUAAAAAAUAUUCGAAAAAACGAUGCGCUACUGUGGAUUGUAAUUAUGAUUAUGAUUUAGAUUAUGACGCUUCUUAUGAACAUGAUAAUUAUGCAGUAACAACUUACGAACCACCAACGUAUAAAUGUAUUUGCCCUCCUCAAUUUACUGGACCUAAUUGUGAAGAAUCAUUAGAUCCUUGUUUAGGCGAACCCUGUCAAAAUGGAGCUACUUGUGAUAUUCUUCCACAAGGCGGAUAUGUUUGUAAAUGUCCGCCAGGAAGAACGGGAGAUCAUUGUGAAAUAUUAGAUGCCGAAUUAACUGAAUUUUUAAUUCCUCAGUUUAAUGGUGAUGGGUUCCUUGAACUUUCAUGUCUUGAAGGAGUCUCAAAAGCAUUUUCAAUUGAACUAUGGUUUCUUACGCGAGCUACAGAUGGUCUACUACUUUACAAUGGGCAACUUAACAAUGGUCGUGGAGAUUUUAUUAGUCUUAACUUAGCUAAUGGCAAAUUGGAGUUUAAAUUUAAUCUAGGCAGUGGUAUAGCUAAUAUUACAUCUCCUGAUUCCGUGAGUCUUAAUACUUGGCAUUGUGUUAGAAUCAGUAGACUUGGUAGAGAAGGACUUCUGCAGUUAGAUGAAGGCACUAUUGCACGAGGCUUUUCCGGUAGUCCUCUCACUGAAUUGAAUUUAGAGAUGCCUCUUUAUAUUGGUGGCGUUAAACAUUGGCGAGAAAUUCAUCGUCUGGAAAGUGCCUGGACUGGGCUCACAGGCGCGAUACAAAGAUUAAUGGUCAAUGGUAAGACUUACCAGAAUCUAGCAGUUAAUUUCACUCAACACAAUACUGAAAUAUAUGAUGGGUUGCCGUGUCCCGCUGAUGGCAAUCCUUGUCACAAUGGUGGAGUCUGUUUGCCGUUAUUAAAUAGUUACCUUUGUAAAUGUGCAAGCAGUUACAGUGGUCUCCAUUGUGAAUUUUUCAUGGGAUAUGAUGUAUCUGGUGGAGAAAUAGCUGAACGACCAGUAAGAUUUAACGGGGACAAUUACCUACAGUUUAAACAUCGUUAUGGCAGAAGCUCUAACAAUACUUUAACUACUAACACAUCUCUUUUGGAAUAUUAUGACGAUUCUUAUUCCGACUAUGAGUUUGACGAGGAUAAUGAUUUUGAAUAUGAAAAUUAUGACUACACUGAAUACAAAGGACAGCAAUCAAAUAAAUUUGAAUUGAGUCUACGAACCGUUAAUCCGGAUGGAAUGAUAGCAUGGAUUGGACGCGGAAAAAUAGAAAAUCUGGUACUAUCUCUACAGGAUGGAUAUGUUGUCUUCACGUACAAAGGAAAAAAAGAUGAAAUAUCUAUAAAAAGCCGAAAAAAAGUUAACGAUGGUAUUUUUCAUCACAUCAAAGCUGCUCGUCGAAGAAAGGCAACCGUAAUCCAGGUUGAUGACGAAAUUCCCAUAAAAGUUGCCACGGAAAUAUCUCUUCUAACAACCAAUGGGAAAUUAUUUGUUGGUGGGAAGCCUGGUCAUAAAGGAAUCAAGGGUUGCGUGACUGACUUUAUCGUCGAUAAAAGAAGACUACCUUUGGCAAGACGGAAGAUUGAAUUUUGCCACGAUAAUGACGUAUGAUAGUGAACUACCGAUUCUAUAGAUAUUUACAAUAUCAAAAUCCUGAUAUUUUAAAAUAA